AUGCUCUGGCAGAAAGUUUUCGUUCUUUCAGCGUUGGCCAUUGCCGACGCUCACCCAGGCACCCAUGGCAUCCGGCUCAACAAACGCGACUCCAGGCUAGAGGUUACCUUGGAACCAUCUACGUCUGGCACUCCCACUGAAGUCAUCGCAACAAUCAAAAAUAACGGUGCUGAUGAUCUCAACUUGCUCAAAGUAGGAACCAUUUUGGACGAUAAGCUUCCAGUCCAGCGCGUAGUUGUUACAGACCAAUCGGCUGGAGAGUCUAUCGCAGUUGCUAUCGACGUCGCCAAUGUGCACUAUUUUGAGAAGUCCGGGCGCUUUUCUGUCAUCGCAGAUGGUUUGAUACCGGUUGGACUCGCGUCGUCAACAUCCUUUGACCAGCCUGCAAUUGCUUUUAAAUCCAACGCCAUCGAUAUCGACGUUGAUGCAGUGGCCGCCAGUAGGCUUAUGGUUGCCCCAGCUCUUGCAGAGCGCACAAACGUACAGGCGGGAUGCAAUGAAACAACUUCUGAUGCCAGCCUCAAGGCCCUGGCUAACUGCCAGGUGCUAGCCCUGGCGGCCGCUGCCGAUGCUGCGGAUCCCUCAUCAAAGAGGUUCGUAGAAUACUUCGGGACCAAUUCUUCAGAAACUCGCAACAUCGUCGUCACCAGACUCAAAAAUGUCGCGCAAGAAUGUUCAACCACGAACUCCGGGGUCUCUCGGUAUUUCUGCUACGACUACUACGGCGUCUGCGAAAUAGACGGCCCACUCAACGCGUACACUGCAUGGGACGUCAAUACCAUGGUCAUGUGCCCUCUCUUUUACGGCUUGCCUCCGCUGCCUCAGGGUUGCCAUCGCCAGUGCCAGGCCACGACUACCAUACACGAGACGACUCAUUGCGAAGCCGUAUAUGAGCCUCACACCAAUGAUUACGCAUACGCAUACAACGCGAGUGUUGCACUGCCCUCCGAGCGUGCGCUACAAAAUGCUGACAACUACUCUCUCUAUGCCAAUGCUGUCUACAUGAGCUGUUGA